CCAAGACGACAGAGACUCGGAAAAUCCCGAAAAUUCGGAAAGAGAAAAUUCUCCAAUCAAAGAUGGCGACCGAAGCAUCGGUUCGUCCCCGGCCGCAAAACGAAGCCGUUACGAUGACGAGGUAUUGUCGAACCUCCAGAACCAGAUAAACUUCCUGGCAUCAAUGGUUCUCCCCCAGGAUCAACAAAAGACAGAAGACGAAUCGGAUCGAGGGCAGGAAAACUUCCUGACGAGGCCCGUGCAACCCAGAGUACUAGAGUUUGGUGAGUUGAAGACAGACGUUGACGAAAACAAGGCAAUCAAACCCGCAGUGCCGAAGCGUCUCGAGACAUUGGCCUCAUUACAACGUCUCAACACCCCUGUUUGGAAAGAGGUGAGGUUUUCUAAAGCGCUUAGGUAUUUUCAAGCGUACCCAGGCUUCACCGACCUGAAAAUAAACGAGGAGCUCUGCCACCUCGACAAGAGAAGGGAUUCAGUCGCCCCAACAGAACGAGUCCUCGCAAGUUUGGCAAAUGCCGUUCUCGAACAGAAAGAAUUAUUGCAGGAGGGUCUUCAGGAAGUAGUCAAUUGGACAUCCAACAACCCUACUGAGUUGAACCCUGACACGCUGUUCCACAGACUGGCUUCAACCUUCGGCCCGGAAUCGAAGAUGGCGUCCAACUUCACGCAAAUUCUUCAGAUUAUCUGCGGAAAGAGGGCCGAAUGUGUAGAGAUCAGACGAGAGCGCCUGUUAGCAGAGGUCCAGAAUAAGAACGUACAGGCCGCCAUGAGGAAAAUCCCUCCGAGUGUGGAUUACCUCUUUGGCAAGGACAGUCUGAAUCCCCUGAUUCAAUCAUUAGGAGGACCUCAGAAUUGGCUUGGUACCCCAUCUUACGCAACUAAAAGGCCAACAUUCAAGCGUGAAUUUCAACGGGGUACAGGGAGAGGUACACUCUCAGGUAACACCACGAGGCCGAGUCCUGUGUCGCGUAACCAGAGCUUUAAACCAAGGGGUGACACUAAGAAGAUUCAGCCUAGGCCCAGGUCAAAUGAUUCCUUUCGGAAACCAGAGGAUAAAUGACUACCCGACGGCUCAGCCGUUCUCAAGAGGCCAAUUGUCAGUUUUUGUACAGCGUUGGGAGGAGCUGGGAGCCCCACAGUCAGUUUUAAAAAUCAUCUCAGCAUCACGAAUCCCCCUGUGCUCGAAACCAACUCUCACCCCAAAUUGGCACUCCUCUCCCUUCAAAACAAAGGUAUCAUCUGCCAUGUCAAACCAAAUUCAGUUAUUGUUGUCUCAGAAUGUUCUAGAGCGACCUCACAACCCUGGACCAAGUUUCAUCUCCCGCAUGUUCCUAAUAACGAAGAACAACGGAGAGUUUCGACCAAUUUUCGACCUGAGGGGACUCAAUCAACACGUAAGGACCAAAAAAUUCAAGUUGAUCUCACAUCACAAGAUCCCAGACUUUCUCCAGGACGGAGAUUGGUUGGUAAGAAUCGAUUUAUCAAACGCAUAUUAUCACAUACC